AUGGAAGACUUGGUGAUGAAUAUCUCAGAAAAGAAAGCAGUCGAAGAACUCAAAGACAUGCUCGCUUGCAGGUUCAAGAAUGACGAAGAAGAAGCGGUGUCUUUGUGGGGAAUCCCACUAAUUGCCAACCCAUCACAAGCAGCAGAUCAAUUUCCCGAGUUCAAACAACUUGAAAAUGUUACGACUUACAUUCACGGGUUUGACAGACAAGGCCACCCGGUUUACUACCACGAUUAUACCCCCUUGAAUACUUACCAACACUUGAGCCGUAAACUACUUGAAACUGAUGAAAACAUUGACAAGUUUAAUAAAUGGAGAUUGCAAGUACUUGAGAGGGGAAUCAGGAUGCACCCUGGACGGAUUAACUCUGUUGUACUCGCUUACGAUUAUUCAACUAUCCCGACAGAGGAGCUUAUGGAUGCUGAUUAUGAUCUCUACAAAAUUUUAAUAAAUAAUUAUUACCCAGGAAUGGUUUCUUAUACGAUAGCCAUGAAUGAACCUUGGUAUGUUCUCGUGCUUUUCUUUAUUCGGAGAAUAUUGUUCACGUGUUUUUCUUUAUUCGGAGGAGAUAGUUUGUUGAAAUUGGGCAAGCGAGGACAAGUUUUUGAAACACUCUGCAAGUACAUAAAGCCUGAGUAUAUAUCCAUACAAUACGGUGGUCUGAUGGAUGGAGGAGAACAAGUUUCCGAGAUCACAGCCAAAGGUGGAGAAAAAUCCGACAAGGGAGUUGAGGCACAGCAGACGACUGCAAGUGGGAUGUGGAAUAUUUUGCAACGUUUGUCAUGGAAGACCUCAUUGAAAUCAAAAGUUGCCUAA